UUUUCUCGUAAAACUGUGAUUGGAUCCAAAUUUGCAGUUGUGAACUGGGAUUUGUGCUUCCAUCCCGCUCGGUCCUCCCCCCCUCUUUCUCACGGAGCUUGUCGCUGGAACUUUAACUUGGAGCUAGCAUUUCAGCUAUCAGACGUCUUCUCGCAACUGAACCUUUUCACGUUUAAUUCAGAAGUUUCAAGUUUUUCAUCCACUUCACCUGCCAUUUGACUUUUCCUUUCUACCUCUUCUUCUGUAGUAAUAGCAGAUUUGCCGGGGUUCUUUUGCAAUUCAACAACAUUGCCGCCUAGUUUGCCAUGGAAGAAGAAAAUGCCAUUGAUCUUCUCCAACGAUACAGAAGGGACAGGCGAACACUUCUUGAUUUUAUACUUUCAGGUAGCUUAAUCAAGAAAGUUAUAAUGCCUCCUGGCGCAGUUACACUGGAUGAUGUGGAUCUAGAUCAAGUUAGUGUGGAUUAUGUCCUUAACUGCGCAAAAAAAGGUUUAAUGCUUGACCUAUCAGAAGCAAUUAGAGAUUAUCACGAUCAUACUGGUUUCCCCCAUAUGAGUGAUACAGGUUCAGCAGGUGACUUUUAUUUGGUCACUGAUCUGGAGUCUUCAGGUUCACCCCCCAAAAGGGCACCGCCACCUGUCCCUAUUCCCGCACAAGCUCCUGUUUCUGUUUCCACUCCACCUCCCAUUUAUGCAGCAUCUCCAAUUGUGUCAAAUGCAUCAAGAUCAGAGUCUUUUGACUCUACACAAGAAAAGGAACUGACAGUAGAUGACAUUGAAGAUUUUGAUGAUGACUUGGACACUGGGGAUGUUGAGAAUUAUAGGGCAAGAAGGACUUUGAAUGAUGCUUCUGAUCUUGCAGUAAAGUUGCCUUCCUUUUCAACAGGUAUCACAGAUGAUGAUCUCCGUGAAACAGCAUAUGAAAUUCUCUUGGCUUGUGCUGGAUCCACUGGGGGUCUGAUUGUCCCAUCAAAGGAAAAAAAGAAAGAAAAAAGAUCCAGGUUGAUUAGGAAACUUGGGCGCAGCAAAAGUGGAAGUGUGGUCUCCCAGUCUCAAAAUGCUCCUGGGUUAGUUGGGUUGUUGGAAACCAUGCGUGUUCAAAUGGAGAUACCAGAGUCAUUGGAUAUUAAAACAAGACAAGGUCUGCUUAAUGCUCUUGUGGGAAAAGCAGGAAAAAGGAUGGAUACUCUAUUGAUUCCUUUGGAAUUGCUUUGCUGUGUUUCACGAACAGAAUUUUCUGACAAAAAGGCAUUUAUACGGUGGCAAAAGAGGCAGUUGAAAAUGUUGGAAGAGGGGCUUGUUAAUCUCCCUGCUGUUGGAUUUGGGGAGUCUGGGCGGAAGACAAAUGAAUUGAGGAUUCUUUUGGCCAAGAUUGAGGAAUCUGAGUUUCUACCAUCUUCAACUGGUGAACUUCAAAGGACAGAAUGUUUGAGAUCUCUAAAGGAUAUUGCCAUUCCACUUGCUGAGAGGCCAGCUCGGGGUGACUUGACUGGUGAAAUAUGUCAUUGGGCAGAUGGUUACCACUUAAAUGUCAGACUAUAUGAGAAAUUACUUUUAAGUGUAUUUGACAUGUUGGAUGAGGGAAAGUUGACAGAGGAAGUGGAAGAAAUUCUUGAGCUUUUAAAGUCAACCUGGCGAGUUUUAGGCAUCACAGAGACAAUCCAUUACACCUGUUUUGCAUGGGUUUUAUUUCGUCAGUAUGUUAUCACAAAUGAGCAAGGAAUUUUACUGCAUGCAAUUGAGCAAUUGAAGAAAAUACCAUUGAUGGAACAACGAGGACAACAAGAGAGGUUGCACUUGAAAAGCUUGCGUUCAAAGGUUGAAGGUGAAAGGGAUACUUCUUUCUUGCAAUCUUAUUUAAUCCCAAUUCAGAGAUGGGUUGACAAGCAACUUGGAGAUUACCACCUGAACUUCUCUGAGGGUUCAGCUACAAUGGAAAAGAUUGUGACAGUUGCAAUGAUUACUAGGAGGCUUCUACUGGAAGAACCAGAAACUUUCUCCAUACCUUUUGACAUGCAGAAUCUGCAGUCCAUGCCUAUUAGUGAUCGUGACCAGAUAGAGUUAUAUAUUUCAUCAUCAAUUAAGAGUGCAUUUGCAAGGAUAUUGCAAGUUGUUGAUAGAUUAGACAUGUCUCAUGGGCAUCCUUUGGCAUUGCUUGCGGAAGAACUCAAGAAACUCCUUAAAAAGGAUUCAGGGACUUUCAUGCCUGUUUUGUCUCAGAGGCAUCCACAAGCAACCAUUGUGUCUGCAACCCUUGUUCACAAACUUUAUGGGAACAAAUUGAAACCUUUUAUGGAUGGUGCUGAACAUCUGACUGAGGAUGUCAUUUCCGUUUUCCCAGCUGCUGAAAGUCUUGAGCAAUUUAUAAUGGUCCUUAUUACAUCUGCGUGUGAGGAAGAGAAUGCAGAGAUCUUCUGCAGGAAAUUGAAUCAAUACCAGAUUGAAACAAAAUCUGGCACAUUGGUUUUGCGUUGGCUCAAUUCACAGCUUGGAAGAAUUGUAGGUUGGGUGGAGCGGGCCAUUCAGCAAGAGCAUUGGGACCCAAUAUCUCCUCAACAGCGUCAUGCGAAUUCCAUUGUAGAAGUAUACAGGAUUGUGGAGGAGACAGUUGACCAAUUUUUUGCUUUUAAAGUCCCAAUGAGGACAACAGAGUUAAAUAGCUUGUUUCGUGGCAUGGACAAUGCUCUUCAAGAGUAUGCAAAUCACAUUGUUGAUGGGAUGGCUAGCAAGGAAGACUUGAUACCCCCAGUGCCAAUACUAACGCGAUACAAAAAGGAGGCUGGAAUAAAGGCUUUUGUGAAGAAGGAACUGUUUGACACUCGCGCACCUGAUGAGACAAAGUCCAGUGAAAUUAGUGUCCUAGCAACUUCGACACUUUGUGUUCAAUUAAAUACUUUAUAUUAUGCGAUUACUCAGCUUAAUAAAUUGGAAGAUAGCAUUUGGGAGCAAUGGACAAGUAAAAGGUCCCAGGAAAAGCUCAUAAAGAAAUCCAUGGACGAGAAGUCCAAAAGUUUUGCUCAGAAGGAUACCUUUGAUGGGUGUAGAAAAUCUAUAAAUGCUGCUAUGGAUCGCAUUUGUGAGUACACAGGAACUAAAAUUGUCUUCUAUGAUCUGAGAGGGCCAUUCAUAGAUAACUUGUAUAAGCCCAGUGUCUCAGGUUCUAGAAUGGAAGCACUAAUCGAACCACUUGAUGUGGAACUUAAUCAACUUUGUGAUAUUAUUGUGGAGCCUCUUAGGGAUCGCAUUGUGACAAGUCUUCUUCAAGCAUCUUUGGAUGGCUUACUCCGAGUGAUCUUAGAUGGGGGUCCAUCAAGAGUCUUCUUCCCUGGUGAUGCAAAAUUAUUGGAGGAAGAUCUGGAGGUUCUGAAGGAGUUCUUUAUAUCUGGAGGAGAUGGGCUUCCUCGAGGUAUUGUUGAAAAUCAGGUAGCACGGGUUCGGGAUGUGAUAAAGUUACAUAGCUACGAGACUCGAGAGUUGGUUGAGGACCUGAGAUCUGCUAGUGGCAUGGAAAUGCGAGGUGGCAAAAGCAGACUAGGAGCAGAUUCCAAAACUCUAAUUAGAAUAUUAUGCCAUAGGAGUGAUUCAGAAGCUUCACAGUUUCUCAAGAAACAAUUCAAGAUACCCAAGUCCUCAGCUUAAUGCAACUGUGUACCGAAAAAAAGGGGAAAGCAACACAAUUUUCAGCGAUGGAGCUGAGCUAGCAUUCUGUGAAUAGUCUUUGUACUACUACUUAGGCAACAUUUCUUGUAUCUUUAAGGUUGGGUCAUUUGGUGUAUAAUUCUAAUUUUUUCAAGGUGACUCAAACGGUACUUGUAUCAAACCAAUUUGUUGAUCUCUAUUUGUUAAAAAAAAAAAAUCUUGUGAAAUACAUUGAGAAAUUGUGAUUACUA